AUGGACCCGCUCAGCAGAGAGGCCGCGCUGCACUUCCUGAGGAACAUCUCUCUGGACAGUGUGCCGCCGCAGGGUGCCGACGGGGAGGGUGUUUUGGGUGCAGGGAUGAGGAGUGAGGUUGCCACGUCAACACGGCAGCAUCACAGUAGCAUCACCACGGCGAUUUUGCACAGUGGAUCAGGAGACCAGCUGCAGGGUGGUGAUGAUGCACCUGUUGGCCAGGUAGCCACGGACUCACGGAGAGUCGCAGAGGCUGCGUCUGACGUCAGUGGCCAUCCUCCUCCUCUUCAUCUCCUCUCCGGCGCGGUCAAAGGGAGGUUCACCCCAGGAGCCCAGAGAGGUCACUCGGGCUCCCUCAAAAAGCAAGCACACAGCUCCUCAGACAGCCAGGGCAGCUCUUCCUUGGAGUUGCAGAGGACAAGACGCAGACACACAUUGCAACGGUUCGAGAUCCUGGAGGACAUCGAGGAAAAUGCUCCCCUCCGCAGUUGCUCAUCAUCACGCUCUCGUCGACCGAAAAGCUCUAGAAGGGUCCACUUCAUAAAAAACUUGCGACAGCAUGAUACAAGUGAUGGCAGGAUAAUUCUGAUUAGUGUCAGACGAGCUCUCUUCUGUGUGUUUUCUCUCAUACCUUACCGAGAAUACAGCCAUGAUGGCGAUGUGGCUCUGGAGAGAAGACACCAGCACCCAUCUGGAGCUAUCGCCACAAAAGAGAUGGUCGUGGGACUGGAAGGUGUCGAGCUUGGUGCUAAUGGCAAGACUGUUUCGUACACCCAGCUGUUGUACCCCACCCAUGCCCUGAGCAGAGACUGUGAGGUGGGGCAGCAGAGCUCCUUAGACCCGGUCUACCCUGCGGCUCCGCGUGGCUUCAGCCCCAUGCGGAGCAUCAGAGCCCAUUGUAAGGAACAUACAGGAGCGAAUAGAGGAGACCGUACAUACUAUGACCCAAACCUCUUGGAUGACCCCCACUGGCCAUGCGGCAAACACAAGCGUGUGCUUGUCUUCCCCUCUUACAUGACUACUGUCAUUGAAUACACCAAGCCCAGUGAGCUGAAGAGGGACAUGAAUGACACUUUUAGACAGAGGUUUCCACACAUUCAACUGACCCUCAGCAAAAUUCGGAGUCUGAAGAAAGAAAUCCGCAAGUUGGCUCAAGAGGACUGUGGCUACGAGGAGCCCAUAGUGGCCAUGGUGUUUGUGUACUUUGAAAAGCUGGCCCUCAGAGGCAAGCUGGACAAGGAGAACCGCAAGCUAUGUGCUGGGGCCUGCAUCCUCCUGGCCGCCAAGAUUGGCAGUGACCUCAAGAGGUUCGAGGUCAAACAGCUGAUUGAUAGGCUAGAGGAACGUUUGAGGCUGAACAGGAGGGAGUUGCUGGCAUUUGAGUUUCCUGUGCUGGUGGCGCUCGAGUUUAACCUUUACCUGUCUGACCACGAACUGCUACCACAUUACAGACGCAUGCUGCAGACCGCCUGA